AUGGCGGCCUUCCUGCUCGAGGUCGGCCACCACAUCUACAGCUACCACGUGUCGCCCCCGGCCCACGACCUCGACCCGCCCUUCCACACGUCGUGCCAGGAGCCCAAGGUCGACGAGAAGCGCGAGAACGCCGUCCUCGUCAUGCUGGCCCGCAACUCGGAGCUCACGCAGGCCAACAAGACCAUCGCGAGCAUCGACGGCGCCUUCAACCGGUGGUUCAACUACCCUAUUGUCUUCAUGAACGACGAGGCGUGGGACCAGAAGUUCAUCGACGAGCUCAACAAGACGAGCAGGGGCCUCGCGACCUUCGAGGUCAUCCCCCACGACACCUGGAGCUUCCCCGAGCACGUCAACGAGGAGGCCGCCAAGAUGAGCAUCAAGGAGCAGGGCGACCGGGGGCUGCCGCACGCCGGCCAGGAGGGCUACCACCACAUGUGCCGGUUCUACUCGGGCAAGUUCUACCAGCUCGAGGCGCUGAGGAAGUACAAGUGGUACUGGCGCCUCGAGCCCGACGUGGACUUCGCCUGCGCCAUCACCUACGACCCCUUCGUCGAGAUGGCCCGGCACGACAAGGUCUACGGCUUCACCAUCUCGCUGUGGGAGGUCGGCUCCACCUGCCCCUCGCUGUUCCGCGAGGUCGCCGACUGGAAGGAGAUGCACAGCCUCCCGACCAACAACCUCUGGCGCGCCAUGGUCCAGGCCAGCUGGAUGCCCUUCCCCUUCCGCAGGUUCCUGAACUUCCUCGCCUCCAGGGACAGGCAUGGCGACCCCUGGAGUCUGUGUCAUUACUGGAGCAACUUCGAGAUUGCCGACAUGGACCUGUUUCGUGGCCAGGCGUACCAGGACUUAUUUGAGCAUCUUGACAGGACAGGCGGCUUCUAUUUCGAGCGGUGGGGCGACGCAGCCGUCCACUCCCUCGCCGUAGCCAUGUUCGUCGACCCGACGCGGGUGCACCACUUCGAGGACUUCGGCUACCGGCACGACCAGCUCUACCAGUGCCCGGCCAACGCGCCGGGCGGCCAGCUCCCGGAGUCCGCCGCCCUGGGUACGGACCAGACCUGGGCGCCCGAGAUCGAGGGGGGCAUCGGCUGCCGGUGCCAGUGCGACGGCCGCAAGACGCGGAACCACGAGGGCUACUGCCUAAACAAGCUCAAGCAGCCCACGAGCACGAAGCGGCCGUGGCUGACCUGGUUCUUAUAA